AUGCACUUCUUCGCCAAGAUCGUCACCGCCCUGCCUGCCGUCGCUGGCCUGGCCUCGGCCGCCGUGAUGCGCCGCGCAGUCAGCGCCGACACCAUGGUCGCGGGCAUCCAGGACCUCACCGAGCGUUCCGACGCCGUGACCCCUCUGGUCGCCAAGCUCAGCCCGCAGGACCAGGUCCCCUACACCGCAAACUACCAGGCCGUCAUCAGCAGCCUCAGCGACCUCAUCACUGCCACCGGUUCUGACGCUGCUCAAUUCGCCGAGACCCAGCCCUUCGCCGACGAGGCGGCUCAGCAAGCCGUCUGCGACGCUUUCUACACUUUCGUCCAGGUCCAGGAGAAGAUGUUGAACGCCCUCAUCGGCAAGUCGUAUCUCGCCGACACCCCGUCCGGCUAUCCUCUGGCUGCGACUCUAAGGACUCUCGAGGGGGCUGAUGAUACGAUGGCGUUCUCAGUCCUUGACGCGGUUCCCAGCUGCGUCGAUGCCGCGACCGAGAACAAGAACAGCCUCGAUGCCAAGCUGGCAAAGGCGGUGUGCGCGUACAGUCCCAACGGGGAGUGCUAG